AUGGCACUUGGAGAGAUCUUUCUUGCUGCAUUCCUUCAACUGCUGCUCAACCGGUUGACUCCUCGCAACUUUCUCAACUUUGCACAGAAAGAGGGUGUUGGCAAGAAGAUGAAGAAAUGGACUACAAUGUUAUCUGCAAUUGGAGCGGUGCUGCAUGAUGCGGAGGAAAAGCAACUAAUGAGCGAGGCUGUGAAACUGUGGCUGGAUGAUCUCAAAGAUUUGGCUUAUGAUGUGGAAGACAUGUUGGACAAGUUUUCCACUGAGAUGUUUCGGCGCAAGGCAAAUAAGCUACAUGGGGCUACCACAAGUAAGGUACGAAGCUUAAUUCCAAGAGUUAAAUUCAAAAGUAGUAUGAACUCAGAAGUAAAGGUGAUUACUGAUCGAUUACAUGAGAUAUCUGAACGAAAAGACAAGCUGGGUUUAAAUUAUAUUGGCACAACUUCUAGUAAGGCACGCCAGAGGUCACCAAGUUCAAGUGUGUUAGAUGGACCAGUUGUUGGAAGAGAUGGUGAUAAAGCGAAGAUUCUGGAAUUGCUGUCAAGAGAUGAGCCUAGUUCUGCCAAUUUUCAUGUAGUUUCUAUUGUUGGCAUGGCUGGAGUUGGGAAGACAACGCUUGCUCAGCUUGUGUUCAACGACAACGAUGUUUCCAUGAAAUUCAGCCCUAAGGCAUGGGUGUCCGUGUCUGAUGAUUUCAACAUUGUUAGAGUAACAAGGGCAAUUCUUGAAUCAAUCACGUCUCGGCACUGUGAUUUGGAGGAAUUCAGCAACAUUCAGGAUAAUCUGAGCAAGGAAUUAGCAGGUAAAAAGUUUUUAAUUGUUCUAGAUGAUGUUUGGAAUACAUGUGACUAUGAUCUAUGGAUCAAACUUCAGUCGCCUUUUCGUGUUGGAGCACUAGGAAGUAAGGUAAUUGUGACAACACGUGAUGGAGAAGUUGCAAAAAUGAUGAGAGCCAUUGGAGUUCAUAAUUUGGAGUGCAUAUCAAAUGACGAUUGUUGGAGAGUGUUUGAGCAGCAUGCAUUCUUGAAUGUUAACAACGGAAAGCCACCAAAUAGUGAGUUAUAUAGGGAGAAAAUUGCUAUAAAUGUGGUGGAUUGCCUUUGGCCGCAAGGACUCUUGGUGGCCUUUUGGGUUGUAAAGAAAUAG